CCUCCUCUCUCCUCGCUCCCCUAUCCGCCUCCGCCGCCCCCCCUUCCCAACGCGGUCGACGAGACGACCGCCGACCCGCGGCGACCCCGACCCCGGCGCCGCGGCCCCCUCCCGCGCCACGCCCGCCGCCGGAGCCCGACGGGAGACGCCGCCGACGGCCGCCGCUCCGCAGGCAUUCGCCCGCCGCCACGCGGGUCCCCGAGGGUUUUGGAGGGCCCUCGGCCUCGGCGUGAUCGGGCGCGGCGGCGGCGGGAGGAGGAGGGUGCGCGCGCGGGCAUUGAAUGGUCUCGAUCCGUACAGGCCCCCGCUGACCUCCUGCCGCAAUGGAGGAGCCUGGCGCGGGCGCGCGCGGGCCGGAGGAUCAUGCUGCUGACGCCGCGCGGCUGCGGGGAGCGGAGGAGGUACGCGGCGCCACGGAGGCUAGAUUGCCCGCAGAAGUAGACCAGGAGAAAGGGGGCGAUUUUGCUGUUGGAUUGGUGGCUCCUGUCGAGGCUGUUUCUGCCUCGACUGAAGGGAGAACACUUCAGAUAGGCCAGGGGAAGGGUUCUAGUUUGGAGCAGAGGGACAUGUAUGUGGAGGAAGAGAAGGGAGUUAGUUUGGCUCCCGCGUCGCAGAGUUCCGCUGAACCUGGCGGUUUGCAGACGUGUCAUGAGGCCAAUGGCGGGUUGCCGCAUAAGACGUUAUGUGCCCCCAAGGACACCGGAUGCGUGUAUGGCAUGUUGGAGGAAACGGCAGAGGGGAGCCAGUUUGAGCAGGAGGAUUUGGUGGGUAACGGAGGUGAUUGGGUUGGCGAGGUGCAGGGAGUAAAGGCAACUCUAGAAGAUUUACGGAUUGCUUGCGAUGAAGCAGAAUGUGAUCAUGCACGCUUGUUGGGUUCAACGAGUCAUGGUAGUGAGCAAGAGCCAUGUGCCGUUGAUGGCUCAGGUUCCAUCACGGAUGCUAAUGAUGAGCUACAACAGGAUGCUUUGAUGCCAGAUAAUGAAGCCGUGGUCUCCAAGACUCGUGGUAGUGAGCAAGAGCCAUGUGCCGUUGAUGGCACAGGAUCCAUCACGGAUGCUAAUGAUGAGCUACAACAGGAUGCUUUGAUGCCAGAUAAUGAAGCUGUGGUCUCCAGGCCAGCGCAUAAAGAUUCAGUUCCUUCCAUUUCAGGUGGCGUUAAUCUUUCUUUAGAUGGAAAGACAGGUCAGUUUGGUGGAAUAUCUGGUGAUUCAAUGAUGUGCCAUGUGUCCGACGGAGGGAUGUGGAAUGACGGUUUAUGUGCCGCUGGAGGUAAAGGAUCUCAGUUCAUUGAUUCUAGAUGCAUGUAUGACACGGUGGACAUGGCGACAGAGGGAAGUCCAUGUCAGCAGGGCUUUUUGGCAGGUGGGAGAGGUGUUUCGAGUGGUGUUGUGGAGGAUUCACAAACAUGUUACGAGGAACCACAUUGUGGUAAUGAGGGCUUGCCAGAUUUGGUAAAUCGUGAUAUUGAGCAGUUGCCAUGCAGCAUGGGUGCCACGUGUUUGAAGAAAAAUGCUAACCGUGAUCUCGAAAAGGAUGGUUUGUCAAAUAGCUCUUGGACCUUGCACGAACAUUCAGUUCCUUCAAUUUCAGGGCAUAAUCCUGCUGUUUCUUUAGAUGGCAAGACUGGUCAGAUUAGUGAAUUACCUGAACAUAUGUCAAGCAUGGAAAAUGUGGCUUACAGUGCAGAAGUAUGUGGUACGUUUUCUUGUGAGAGUGCAUUUCACAAGGAGGCUCCUGAAGAUGAGCGCCGGUUUUCUGGAAGGAAGGUAAGCACAAGUGAAGAGGACUUGCAGACAGAUUGUAUGGAAGCAGCCCAUGACAAUGGGGACUUGUCAGAUCUGGGGAAGCAUCACUCUGAAAAAUUGCUAUGUGGUGCUGAUGGCCUGCCAUUGAUGACUGGUGCUAAUCAUGAGCUGGAAAAUGUUGGUUUCUUGCCAAAUAUCAAUUCAGUAGCCUCCUGCCGAGUUGAUGAAACGUCAGUUCCUUUAGAUCGGAAGGUUGGUCAGGCUGUUGAUACAUCUGAAAUUAGUGCAGGCUUUGAAAAAUUGGUUUGUGAUUCACUGGGAGGGGAUUUGACGUUGUGUGACAGUGGCCUCCGGACGGAGGCCUAUGGUGAUGAGAAUCAGCAUUCUGGCCCUCAUGCUGAUAAAGAGUUGCAACAUACCCCUCUGAAAUAUGGAAGCUCUGAACUAUCCCCAGAGGGAAACCUGUGUGUUUCUUCGUAUAACCAACCUUGUGAUGAUGAACCUUGUUGUAGUGGCAAGGAAUCAUCUGCUCUAUGCCUGGGUCAUCAAGAUUCUGCUGUUGGCAGAUCUGGCCAUUUGGACCAAGGGCUCAAUGCCGGUAAUUGUGCUGAUGAUAGUUCUGUUGAUUUUGUCAGCAAUGCUAAUGAUGGAGAAUCACAAAGUCAAAAGCUGACAGCAUUAAACGUGUUCAGACGCAGGAAUCCAAAAAGAGCUGCUUCAUCAAGAAGAGAUCCUGAGAGGCCUAAUCAAAUGAACCAAGCAAGCAGCAGCACAUGCAAACCUAAAAAGGUUGAUGUUGCGAGCUCAUUACAGCAAAGCACCACGAAUCUGUUCCCAAACAAAAUCGCUAAGGGAAGAAGUGGCAUGAGCAGGCCACCAAAACCGUCUACUUGGGGCAGUCUAAAAGAGCUAUUAGAUGGUUUCUGUCAAAGCUGUCGGCCGUCGACUUCUAAUUCUCAUCCAACUUGCCUGGACAAAGGAAGAUCAGAUAACAUAUCUGAUCAGAAAAGUCAGCCAAGUAUUCGGAGAAGUCGAAGUUCAAGAUCUUCAAAGAGUAAAUUCUCUUCCAUGUCUGUUACGGGGUAUGCAGAUAGUGAAUUGAAUGGGCAAUCGACCUUAUCAACCGUUGUGGAUAUAGGGCAUGCAGCUAGUGAAUUGAACGAGCAACCAGCCUUUUCAACUGUGGCUGAUACUGAUGUUUCUUUGGAAAGUCGCAGACAAAACAUUCCAAAGUUGUCUUCUGAUACAUCAAUUAAUAUUUUUGAUAGUACAAGCAAUACUGCAGAGUCUAAUGACAGUUAUCGUACAGUGAAAUCAAAGUGUAUCCAGACUGAUGCGCAGCAGUUGGAAAGGGCCUUGGUGAGUUCUACUAAAGAAACAUGUGCUGCAGAUGUCCAUGGAGAGUGUGCUAAGCUUUCAACUUCUGAAUCAUCUUUGACCAAUGCCAAGGGCAGUGCCAUGCUGCAUGUUGAAUUUUCACCGGAUUCUGUUUUGGAGGUGGCUUCUGUUACAUGUGAAGGUAAUGUUUCUGCAAGCCAUGAUGUUAUGUUACAUGAAAACUCAACCAAUACUGGUGCACUGAAUGUUGGUGACUAUCAUCCAUCCGUUUCAUCUACUUCCAACUUUGGAAAAGAACAAGCUUUAUUAUCAUUGAUGAGCUUGGAGCAGCAGGCUAAACCCACUUUGCAUGACAACACCAGAAAGGAAGAGAUUGAUCCAUCUCAUGCCAUGGUAGACAAUGAUGUUGGUGAAGGAAAAGCGCAAGCUUUACAGAAGUCUAAUGCAGUGAGGAAAAUCAGAAUUGUCAGAAAGCCAGGUUGCAAAAAGAAAGAUGGAUCUAAAGGGAAAAGAAAGAAUGUUAUAGGAUCCACCAAAAUUUCUCCAUGUGAAGCUUCAAAACAUAGGCCAUUUUCUAGCGAUUCAAUUUCUCCUGAUCCAUCUGAGUCAAUUCUCUGCACAAGGCCUCCAGAGUUUAGUUCUUGUUUUGAAGCCCUAACUUCUGGCACACAGGAUCAUGCUAUUUAUGAACAUGAUAGCAUUGGAAGUCAUUCUGUAAUGGAUGGUGACAGAGGGAGUGCAUUUGACAGUACGAAAUCACCAAGACGCAAGAAAAAGGAUGCUAAUACAGGAAAGAAGAAGGGUAAGGCGCAGGAUCCACAUAAGAAAGAAAAAAGUAAGAGGAAAAAUAUAGCAGAUGACACUUCCUUUGAUCAUGGUCUUUUAGAUUUGCCUUCAUCUGAUCUGGCAGCGUCUCGUAUGAAUGAACAGAGUAAUCUUGAUCCUGCCACCGAAUUUGAACUCAAGAACUCAAGUGCCAUGUCUGCUCAUUUACCUGGAAAUGCUGCAUGCAAAACGGAUGGUGCAUCUGUACCACCACGUGCUGCAUGGGUGUGUUGUGAUGAUUGCCAAAAAUGGCGCUGCAUACCUGCUGAACUUGUUGAUGUCAUUGGAGAAACAAGAUGGACUUGUAAGGACAAUGGGGACAAGGCAUUUGCUAACUGUUCUAUUCCACAAGAAAAGACAAAUGCUGAGAUCAAUGCCGAACUCGACCUUUCGGAUGCUUCGGCUGAUGAAGCAGAUGAUGACAGAUCCAACCCCAAAGCUUGCAAAGCACCAUCAUGGACGUCUAUUAGGUCAAACUUGUUUCUUCAUCGGCAACGCAGGACACAAUCCAUUGAUGAGAGCAUGGUGUGCAACUGCAAGACUCCUCAAGAUGGUCGACAGGGUUGUAGAGAUGGCUGCUUGAACAGGAUGCUCAACAUUGAAUGUGUCAAGCGUACAUGUCCAUGUGGAGAACAAUGUUCUAAUCAGAAGUUUCAGCGACGCAGCUAUGCAAAACUGCGAUGGUUCCAUUCUGGCAAGAAAGGUUAUGGACUGCAGUUGCAGGAAGAUGUUACUGAAGGAAGGUUUCUUAUUGAAUAUGUUGGAGAGGUCCUUGACAUAACGUCUUAUGAAUCCCGCCAAAGAUAUUAUGCUUCCAAAGGCCAGAAACAUUUCUACUUCAUGGCCUUAAAUGGCGGCGAGGUAAUAGAUGCUUGCACUAAGGGAAACUUGGGCCGAUUCAUCAAUCAUAGUUGCAGCCCUAACUGUCGUACAGAGAAGUGGAUGGUCAAUGGAGAAGUCUGCAUUGGAAUAUUUGCUAUGAGGAACAUCAAGAAGGGUGAAGAAUUGACAUUUGAUUACAACUAUGUUCGUGUAUCUGGUGCUGCUCCUCAAAAAUGCUUCUGUGGUACUGCCAAAUGUCGGGGUUACAUUGGUGGAGACAUAUCAGUUGUUGAUACUGUCACCCAAGAUGAUGCAGAAGCAGGGCAUUUUGAACAAAUGAUUCCUGAAAAAGAUUCUGAGGAGUUGAUGGGAGCAAAUGGGUCUGAUUCUGAUGGCAGUCUUGAAAAUAUUGCAGAACCUGAAUUUUCUAUUCAAGGGGAAGAUUUACAUGAUUGCUCAGUUGCAAGAGAGUUAGAACCACUUGAGCAUACUGGAGGAACAGUAGUUGAAACUUGUGAGCCCGAAAAUUCCUUGGAAGCAUGGAGCCUGCAGGAAGAUGAAGAUGUCAUCCGCACACCUGUGCAUGUGUCACGAACAUUUGAAAGUUCUUUGCAGCAGUUCCCAGUACAUGGCCCUCUGUCAUCAGAUCUUUUGCUAAAGACUGCAAAUUCAGUUGAAGGAUCAAAGGCUCCAAAUGUGAUAAAUGGAUCGACACCUAGUUCUGAUUUCAGGAGCAAUCUGGUGCCUGGUUUCAAUGCUAGUAAGAGAAACAACUUAAAACAACAUAGAAAUGUGAAACCACAAUCAUCAAAUCCAAUUGACAAUGAGCACAUCUUGGGAGUUGAAGGGAGACUGAACAACCUUCUGGAUGGGAACGGAGGUAUCAGCAAACGAAAGGAUGCUACAAAUGGAUACUUGAAACUUCUCUUUGUGACUGCAGCAGAAGGUGACAGUGCUGGGGGCACAUCUAAAAGUGUGAGGGAUCUUUCAUUGAUUCUUGAUGCACUUUUAAAAACAAAAUCACGUUCGGUCCUGGUGGAUAUCAUCAACAAGAAUGGAUUGCAAAUGCUUCAUAAUAUAUUGAAGCAGAAUAGAACCGACUUCCACCGGAUACCUAUUAUACGGAAGCUUCUGAAGGUACUGGAGUUUCUAGCUCAGAAAGGAAUUUUGACAUCUGAACACAUAAAUGGAGGUCCUCGAUGUGCUGGAGUCGAAAGCUUCAGAGACUCGAUGCUGAGCUUAAUCAGACAUAAGAACUUUCAGGUUCAACAGAGUGCUAGGAGCUUUCGUGAUAGAUGGAUCCUCCAUAAUAAUGCAAGGAGUGAACCAACAGAAUAUCCACAUACAUCCACAUCUGCACAGGAUAUCCAGGGAACUAAUAUGGUCUGGAGUUCUGCUAGGAGGAAACGCAAGAGCCGUUGGGACUAUCAACCUGAUGAGCACUAUAAGAUGGUGGGACUAAAAAUCCAAAAGGUUUUUUCUGGUCAUGGCGAAUUUGAUGUUCAAUUUGGCUUCACGAGAAACAAGUUGCAGAGGAACCAGGGAAUAAACAACUGUUAUAAUGGUGUCCAUCACAUGGAGAGUUCAACAGAGGGUGCAGAUGAUGAUGUGCCUCCUGGGUUUGAGACCAAACAGGAGUGUCAGCCUUCACAACUUUCCAUAGGCAGCGAGGUUGCUCCAGGACUUUGCAUGGAGAGGUGCCAACCUAGCUUGAGUGUCUCAUAUGGGGUUCCUGUCACGCUUGGUCAGCACUUUGGAACCCCUGAUUCUGAAGGAGGCCAAUGCCACCAAAAAUGGAAAGUUGCACCUGGUGUGCCUUCUAGUCCUUUUCUACCAUUGCCUACCCACCCACGAGGGAGUCCUUGUCCCUCCACCUCAUCAUCUCAUAUGUUUCAGCCUGAUGGAACAUCCCCAGUGAACCAUAGCAGUUCUGGAAAUUGUGGAAGGACAGCAGGCCGAGAUGGAAGAGUGCAUAGGAUGUGGCGGAAUGGGCCAAGAACAAAAUGGCCAUACCAUCAACAAGGAAGGAGAUUUUCGAGCAACCAUCAUAGAUUUGAAAGAAUCGAGCCUCCAAGACCUCAAUAGCGAUGAUUUAGGAUUCAGGGCAGCGAUUGGCCCAGUCCUACAGUUUUCAAACCCCAAGUAGUCGUGGUAUACAUGGUGACUCCUGCUGAGAAGUGUAACAGAAACUGUUUCAACCUUUAACUAUGUUUAUUUAACUGGGAGUGUAACUGUCCGUUAUGUAGGUGUAGAACAGAUGCUGCACAUAGGUCAUUGCCAUUGCAGCUUUGUCACUAAUUAAUUUCAUCAUUGGUUUUCUUCUCCCAUUGUGUAAUCUCAAUAGGAAUAAUUCAUUUGAUUUAAUCUUUUUACAGGUGAAAAGGCUAACCGAUUUGACGGA